CUCCAUUUCCCUAAACAAGCCCUUCUCUGCAGUUUACCUCUAUGAAAAAAACAAAUUAACUACGCGGACCAGUGGGUUGAAGGGGAUCGCCGGAGCAAGCUGCCUCUCCCGAGCACUCCAGACGGGCAGAUCGUUACACAGUUAACAGAUUAUUACGAACGCGCAAGAACCUCCUCCGGGGCCGUUCGAGCAUCCCCAAACGACCCGGAAACCGAGCGCCGGGCCGGGGCCUGCUCCAGGCUCACCUCGCAAGAGGCCACCCCGACCCUCUCGGACUCGUACACGAGGGACAAGGACUUGCUGGUGCUGGCGGCCGAGGCCUCGGCCCUGCGCAGCACCUCCUGCCGCAGGCUCUGCUGCCGGUCGCCGGGCCCGUCGGCCAGGUCGCGGGGGUCCAUCCAGGGCGCCGGCCGGCCGUCCUCGUCCUCCGCGUCGUCGUCGAACGGGUUAUAGCUUUUGGGCUGGGCCGACAUGGUGCCGGCGCCGGUCCGGGUCAGGGCCGGAGAGCGGGGUGCGCGGCCCGGGAGGAAAGCGGCCUUCCCGGACGAACAGCGGCCCCCGCCACCGCCGACGCCGCCGUCCAGCACCGCGUCUCGACGUACAGCCUCCUUCCGCCCGACGUACACCGGAAGCCCCGCCCCCGGAGCCGACCAUCGCGCCGGGCCGCUGCGGGGGGAAGGAUGGAACCAUCCGGCGCGCGCAGCCGCAGUGACCUCACGGCUUCUCCCCUUCCCCGCUCGCAGCGAUGGAACCGCCCCGUGGCCACGCCCCACCCAGCGUCGGCUACAGAGACGUCACGUGGCGGGGAAGCCGGAUGCGUUCGCGCCUGCGCCUUGAGGCCGGGGCGCGCGCGGGCCGGGCGCGGGGAGCCGGUGGGCUGCGCUGAGGCGCGCGCGAUGAUGGCGGCGGCCGCGGCCCGGGGAGGCGGUGGCGGCGGCGGCAGCGUCUCCAGCUCCCAGGCCGGCGUCUCGCGGGGCUUCUACUUCAACACGGUUCUCUCCCUGGCCCGCUCGCUGGCCGUGCAGAGACCGGCAUCCCUGGAGAAGGUCCAAAAGCUGCUUUGCAUGUGCCCAGUCGAUUUCCAUGGGAUCUUCCAGUUGGACGAGCGACGGAGAGACGCCGUUAUUGCACUGGGGAUUUUCCUCAUCGAGUCGGAUCUCCAGCACAAAGAGACCGUGGUUCCGUAUCUUCUACGGCUUCUAAAAGGUCUUCCUAAAGUGUACUGGGUGGAAGAAAGCACAGCUCGGAAAGGCAGAGGUGCCCUCCCAGUUGCAGAGAGCUUCAGCUUCUGCUUGGUGACUCUGCUCUCGGACGUGGCGUAUAGGGACCCCUCACUUAGAGACGAGAUUUUAGAGGCACUUUUGCAGGUUUUGCAUGUCCUUUUGGGAAUGUGCCAGGCCUUGGAGAUUCAAGAAAAAGAUUACCUUUGCAGGUACGCAAUCCCGUGCCUGAUCGGCAUCUCCCGGGCCUUUGGGCGCUACAGCAAUACGGAGGAGUCUCUCCUCUCCAAGCUCUUCCCCAAAGUGCCCCCGCACUCCCUCCGGGUCCCAGAGGAGCUCGAAGGCGUCCGGAGGCGGUCCUUCAACGACUUCCGCUCCAUCCUCCCCAGCACCCUGCUGACCGUGUGUCAGGACGGCACCCUGAAGAGGAAGACGAGCAGCGUCUCCAGCAUCUCCCAGGUCAGCCCUGAGCGCGGGGUGCCCCCGCCCAGCUCCCCCGGAGGAUCCGCCUUCCACUACUUCGAAGCCCCCUGCCUGCCUGACGGAAGCACCCUGGAGCCAGGUCACUACUUCUCCACCGUCAGCUCCAGCUUCGCCGUCUCCCCUCUUUUCAAUGGCGUCACCUACAAGGAGUUCAGCAUUCCACUAGAAAUGCUUCGGGAACUCUUAAACCUGGUGAAGAAGGUCGUGGAAGAGCCUGUGCUCAAAUCCUUGGACGCCAUGGUGGCCGGCAUCUUAGAGGCCACCCCCACCGCUGAGCUCUACUACGUGGCCUUCAGUGACCCCCUCUACGUGGCCAUGUUCAAGAUGCUGCGGGACACGCUGUACCACCUGCAGGACCUCCCCACCUCCUUUGUGAAGGAGAUCCACGAUUUCGUGCUGGAGCAGUUCAACGCGAGCCAGGGGGAGCUGCAGAAGAUCCUGCACGAGGCAGACCGGGUGCACAGCGAGCUGAGCCCCCUCAAGCUGCGCUGCCAGGCCAGCGCCGCCUGUGUGGACCUCAUGGUGUGGGCCGUGAAGGAUGAGCAGGGGGCAGAAAACCUUUGCAUCAAGCUCUCGGAGAAGCUGCAGUCCAAGACGUCCAGCAAAGUCAUCAUGGCUCACCUGCCCUUGCUCGUGUGCUGCCUGCAGGGCCUGGGCCGCCUGUGCGAGAGGUUCCCGGUGGUGGUGCACUCUGUCACGCCCUCCCUGCGUGACUUCCUGGUCAUCCCGUCGCCGGUGCUGGUGAAGCUCUACAAGUACCACAGCCAGUCCCACACAGUUGCCGGCAACGAUAUAAAAAUCAGCGUAACCAACGAGCACGCCGAGCCGACCCUGAGCGUCAUGUCAGGGAGGAAGAACCAGCCCUCCAUGUACGAGCAGCUCCGGGACAUCGCCAUCGACAACAUCUGCAGGUGCCUGAAGGCCGGCCUGACGGUGGACCCGGUCAUCGUGGAGGCCUUCCUGGCCAGCCUCUCCAACCGGCUCUACAUCUCGCAGGAGAGUGACAAGGACGCACACCUGAUCCCCGAUCACACCAUCCGGGCCCUGGGCCACAUUGCAGUGGCCCUGAGGGACACGCCCAAGGUCAUGGAGCCGAUCCUGCAGAUCCUGCAGCAGAAGUUCUGCCAGCCGCCCUCCCCGCUCGACGUGCUCAUCAUCGACCAGCUGGGCUGCCUGGUCAUCACCGGAAACCAAUACAUCUAUCAGGAGGUGUGGAACCUCUUCCAGCAGAUCAGCGUGAAGGCCAGCUCGGUCGUGUACUCGGCCACGAAAGACUACAAGGACCACGGCUACAGGCACUGCUCGCUGGCCGUCAUCAACGCCCUGGCCAACAUUGCAGCCAACAUCCGCGACGAGCACCUGGUGGACGAGCUGCUCAUGAACCUGCUGGAGCUGUUCGUGCAGCUGGGGCUGGAAGGCAAGCGGGCCAGCGAGAGGGCCAGCGAGAAGGGGCCCGCCCUGAAGGCCUCGAGCAGCGCGGGGAACCUGGGUGUGCUCAUUCCCGUGAUUGCGGUGCUCACCCGACGGCUGCCGCCCAUCAAGGAAGCGAAGCCACGUCUGCAGAAGCUCUUCCGGGACUUCUGGCUCUACUCGGUGCUGAUGGGGUUCGCCGUGGAGGGCUCAGGACUUUGGCCAGAGGAGUGGUACGAGGGCGUCUGUGAAAUCGCCACCAAGUCUCCCCUGCUCACCUUCCCCAGCAAGGAGCCGCUGCGCUCCGUCCUGCAGUACAACUCCGCCAUGAAGAAUGACACCGUCACCCCCGCUGAGCUGAGCGAGCUCCGCAGCACCAUCAUCAACCUGCUGGACCCCCCGCCCGAGGUGUCGGCCCUCAUCAACAAGCUGGACUUUGCCAUGUCCACCUACCUCCUGUCCGUGUACCGCCUGGAGUACAUGAGGGUGCUGCGCUCGACAGAUCCCGACCGCUUCCAGGUCAUGUUCUGCUACUUUGAGGAUAAAGCUAUUCAGAAGGACAAGUCUGGGAUGAUGCAGUGUGUGGUUGCCGUCGCCGACAAAGUGUUUGAUGCCUUCCUCAACAUGAUGGCAGAAAAAGACAAGACCAAGGAGAACGAGGAGGAGCUGGAGCGGCACGCACAGUUCCUGCUGGUCAACUUCAACCACAUCCACAAGAGGAUCCGCAGGGUGGCGGACAAGUACCUGUCCGGCCUGGUGGACAAGUUUCCUCACCUGCUGUGGAGCGGGACGGUGCUAAAGACCAUGCUGGACAUCCUGCAGACCCUGUCGCUGUCACUGAGCGCCGACAUCCACAAGGACCAGCCCUACUACGACAUCCCUGACGCUCCCUAUCGCAUCACGGUGCCCGACACGUACGAAGCCCGGGAGAGCAUCGUGAAGGACUUCGCCGCACGCUGUGGCAUGAUUCUCCAGGAGGCUAUGAAGUGGGCACCGACAGUCACCAAGUCCCACCUGCAGGAAUAUCUGAACAAGCAUCAGAACUGGGUGUCGGGCCUGUCCCAGCACACGGGGCUGGCCAUGGCCACCGAGAGCAUCCUGCACUUCGCUGGCUACAACAGGCAGAGCACGACUCUCGGGGCGACUCAGCUGACGGAGCGCCCGGCCUGCGUGAAGAAAGAUUACUCCAACUUCAUGGCGUCCCUGAAUUUGCGCAACCGCUACGCGGGAGAGGUGUACGGGAUGAUCCGCUUCUCGGACGCGACCGGCCAGAUGUCCGACCUCAACAAGAUGAUGGUGCAGGAGCUGAACUCGGCGCUAGAGCUCGGCAAGGCCGAGCCCUACACGCAGGCCAUGUUCAAGCUGACCGCGAUGCUCAUCAGCUGCAGAGAUUGCGACCCCCAGCUCCUGCACCAUCUGUGCUGGGGGCCUCUGCGGAUGUUCAGCGAGCACGGCAUGGAGACCGCCCUGGCCUGCUGGGAGUGGCUGCUGGCUGGCAAGAACGGCGUGGAAGUGCCGUUCAUGCGGGAGAUGGCCGGGGCCUGGCAGAUGACCGUGGAGCAGAAGUUUGGCCUGUUUUCUGCGGAGAUCAAGGAAGCAGACCCACUGGCAGCGUCGGAAGCCAGUCAGCCCAAGCCCUGUCCCCCCGAAGUGACCCCUCACUACAUCUGGAUCGACUUCCUGGUGCAGAGGUUCGAGAUCGCCAAGUACUGCAGCUCGGACCAGGUGGAGAUCUUCUCCAGCCUGCUGCAGCGCUCCAUGUCCCUGAACAUCGGCGGGGCCAAGGGGGGCAUGAACCGGCACGUGGCGGCCAUCGGGCCCCGCUUCAAGCUGCUGACGCUGGGGCUGUCUCUGCUGCACGCCGACGUGGUCCCAAACGCCACGAUCCGCAACGUGCUCCGGGAGAAGAUCUACUCCACAGCCUUCGACUACUUCAGCUGCCCCCCAAAGUUCCCUACUCAAGGGGAGAAGAGGCUGCGAGAAGACAUCAGCAUAAUGAUCAAGUUCUGGACGGCCAUGUUCUCGGACAAGAAGUACCUCACGGCCAGCCAGCUCGUGCCCCCAGAUAACCAGGACACGCGGAGCAACUUGGACAUAACCGUCGGCUCCCGGCAGCAGGCCACGCAGGGCUGGAUCAACACCUAUCCGCUGUCCAGCGGCAUGUCCACCAUCUCCAAGAAGUCGGGGAUGUCGAAGAAAACCAACCGCGGCUCCCAGCUGCACAAGUACUACAUGAAGCGCCGGACCCUGCUGCUGUCCCUGCUGGGCCGGCGCCUGAGCCUGCGCAGCCCGUGGGCACCCCGUCCGCUCCUGCAGGCCACCGAGAUCGAGCGCCUCAUCACCUGGUACAACCCGCUGUCGGCCCCGGAGCUGGAGCUGGACCAGGCGGGGGAAAGCAGCGUGGCCAACUGGAGGUCCAAGUACAUCAGCCUGAGCGAGAAGCAGUGGAAGGACAACGUGAACCUCGCCUGGAGCAUCUCCCCUCACCUGGCCGUGCAGCUGCCAGCCAGGUUCAAGAACACGGAGGCCAUCGGGAAUGAAGUGACCCGUCUCGUCCGGCUGGACCCGGGAGCUGUGAGCGACAUCCCCGAGGCCAUCAAGUUCCUGGUCACCUGGCACACCAUCGACGCCGACGCGCCCGAGCUCAGCCACGUGCUCUGCUGGGCGCCCGCCGACCCGCCCACGGGCCUGUCCUACUUCUCCAGCAUGUACCCGCCCCACCCGCUCACCGCCCAGUACGGGGUGAAGGUCCUGCGGUCCUUCCCUCCGGAGGCCAUCCUGUUCUACAUUCCACAGAUCGUGCAGGCGCUCAGGUACGACAAGAUGGGCUACGUGCGCGAGUACAUCCUGUGGGCAGCGUCCAAGUCCCAGCUCCUGGCCCACCAGUUUAUCUGGAACAUGAAAACCAACAUCUACCUGGACGAAGAGGGUCACCAGAAGGACCCCGACAUCGGCGACCUCCUGGAGCAGCUGGUGGAGGAGAUCACGAGCUCCUUGUCGGGUCCAGCCAAGGACUUCUACCAGCGGGAAUUCGACUUCUUCAACAAGAUCACCAACGUGUCGGCCAUCAUCAAGCCCUACCCCAAAGGGGACGAGAGGAAGAAGGCCUGCCUGUCCGCUCUGUCAGAAGUGAAGGUCCAGCCUGGCUGCUACCUGCCCAGCAACCCCGAAGCCAUCGUCCUGGACAUCGACUACAAGUCCGGGACCCCGAUGCAGAGUGCCGCGAAGGCACCGUACCUGGCCAAGUUUAAGGUCAAGCGAUGUGGCGUCAGUGAACUCGAGAAGGAGGGCCUGCGGUGCCGCCCGGACUCGGCCGAGCAGGGCACCGUGCAGGAGGCCGACGGCCAGAGGAUCUCCUGGCAGGCGGCCAUCUUCAAAGUGGGCGAUGACUGCCGGCAGGACAUGCUGGCCCUGCAGAUCAUCGACCUCUUCAAGAACAUCUUCCAGCUCGUCGGCCUGGACCUCUUCGUGUUCCCCUACAGGGUGGUGGCCACGGCCCCCGGGUGUGGGGUGAUCGAGUGCAUCCCCGACUGCACGUCGCGCGACCAGCUGGGCCGCCAGACGGACUUCGGCAUGUACGACUACUUCACGCGCCAGUACGGGGACGAGUCCUCUCUGGCCUUCCAGCAGGCCCGCUACAACUUCAUCCGGAGCAUGGCCGCCUACAGCCUGCUGCUGUUCCUGCUGCAGGUCAAGGACCGGCACAACGGCAACAUCAUGCUGGACCGGCGGGGCCACAUCAUCCACAUCGACUUCGGCUUCAUGUUCGAGAGCUCGCCUGGCGGCAACCUGGGCUGGGAGCCAGACAUCAAGCUAACAGACGAGAUGGUGAUGAUCAUGGGGGGCAAGAUGGAGGCCACGCCCUUCAAGUGGUUCAUGGAGAUGUGUGUCCGUGGCUACCUGGCCGUCAGGCCCUACAUGGACGCGGUCGUCUCGCUCGUCACCCUCAUGCUGGACACCGGCCUGCCCUGCUUCCGAGGCCAGACCAUCAAGCUCCUCAAGAACAGGUUCAGCCCCAACAUGACGGAGCGGGAGGCCGCCAACUUCAUCAUGAAGGUCAUUCAGAGCUGCUUCCUCAGCAACAGGAGCCGGACCUACGACAUGAUCCAGUACUACCAGAACGACAUCCCCUACUGAGCCCACCGAGGACGGGGCCCAGGCCAGGCAGGAGGGUGCCUGUGAGCUCGGCCCCUGACCCCGGGGGUGUGGACGACCCCGAGGACCCCCUGCACUGGCCACAUUCCCUGUGUGUCUUGUUCCCUAGGUACAUGAAGU